AUGAACAAUACGUGUACUAAAUUUAGUGACAAUUACGAAGUUAAAGAGGAACUUGGAAAAGGUGCUUUUUCUGUUGUACGACGAUGUAUUCAUAAGAGUACAUUGAUGGAGUAUGCAGCAAAAAUUAUAAAUACUAAACGUUUAUCUUCAAGAGAUUUUCAAAAACUUGAAAGAGAAGCUAGAAUAUGCCGUAAAUUACAGCAUCCCAAUAUUGUUCGCCUCCAUGACAGUAUUCAGGAAGAAGCUUUUCAUUACUUAAUUUUUGAUUUAGUAACUGGAGGAGAAUUAUUUGAGGAUAUUGUUGCUAGAGAAUUUUAUAGUGAAGCAGAUGCGUCGCAUUGUAUUCAACAAAUUCUAGAAUCAAUUGCAUAUUGUCAUAACAAUAAUGUUGUUCAUCGUGAUUUAAAACCUGAAAAUUUAUUACUUGCUUCAAAAGCAAAAGGUGCUGCCGUCAAAUUAGCUGAUUUUGGUUUGGCAAUUGAAGUUCAAGGUGACCAAGAAGCUUGGUUUGGAUUUGCAGGAACACCUGGUUAUUUAUCACCAGAAGUAUUGAAAAAAGAUCCAUAUGGUAAACCUGUUGAUAUAUGGGCAUGUGGUGUUAUUUUAUAUAUUCUUCUUGUUGGUUAUCCACCAUUUUGGGAUGAAGAUCAACAUAGAUUGUAUGCUCAAAUUAAAGCUGGAGCAUAUGAUUAUCCCUCACCUGAAUGGGAUACUGUUACACCAGAAGCUAAAAAUUUAAUUGAUAACAUGUUAACAGUUAAUCCAAAAAAAAGAAUAACAGCUGAUCAAGCACUUAAAGUUCCAUGGAUAUGUAAUCGUGAUAGAGUUGCAUCAUUAGUUCAUAGACAGGAUACUGUUGACUGUUUGCGCAAAUUUAAUGCUCGUAGAAAAUUAAAGGCAGCUAUCUCUGCAGUUACUGUAAUAAAUCGUAUGAGUAAUGUGGUGAGAAAUGCUCUACCAAUGUCCUCUACUGAUAACAAUUCGAGUGCUUCAUUGAAUAAUUCACAGAAGACGGCAUCAUCACUAUCAAUCAACACGGGUUUAACUUCUUCCUUAUCUUCAUCAUUAUCCCCAAUAGCGCAAGACACUUCUAAAAAUUGUUUAACAGAAGUGUCAACACCCCCAUCUUUGUCAAAUGAUCGCAAUGAAAUCAUAUCCAAUGUAAUAAAUAAUGAUAUUCCUUCCACAAAUAUAAUGUAUGGUAAUUCAUCAUAUUGUACAAACAAAGCAGGUGAAGUUGGGGGUAUCUUUGUGGGAGAAGAAAAUGAAAAUGGUCAGAUAUUUUCUUCUAAAUCAAAAGAUAUACCAAACUCUAAUAUUUCUAAUUUACAAGAAAAUGUAAAGCCAACGGAAAAGUCCUUGGCCGAGGGAGCAAUACUAACAACAAUGAUUGCAACAAGAAAUAUUUCUCGUGGUAAUCUUUUAAAUAAAAAAGAAGGAGGAAAUACACCAUCAUCAACAAUAAAAGAAUCAUCAGAUUCGCAGGCAACCAUAGAUGAACAGGAUUCUUCUGAUAAAGCAUUAAACGGUGCUGCCGGACCUUUAAAACACGAAAAUACUGUUGUUCGUGUAGAUACCAACGUAGCUGCUGCGAAAGCAUCAUCAGGUCACCCAUAUACCUCCAUUGGAUCGGUUAUUGGUGCUAUUCAAAAUACUAACAUUCAAAAUCAGCCUACAACAGUUGGAGGCAAUAUCACCAAUCAAUCUGUUCUCCCAAGAUCUGGUGGACACAUUAUGAUACCAGCUCCUCCUCCAUCUAACGCUUCAGUUUUGAAGCAAGAAAUAGUUCGAGUUACCCAACAACUUCUUGAUGCUAUUACAUGUAAAGAUUUUGAUGCUUACUCAAAAUUAUGUGAUUCAUCAAUGACAUGUUUUGAACCAGAAACACUGGGAAAUCUUAUUGAAGGAAUGGAUUUUCAUAAAUUUUAUUUUGAAACUAAUUAUGGUUCCGGUAAUAAUUCUGCAUCUUCAACAAUUACAUCCUAUAGAAAGCAACAAAUUCAUACAACUUUACUUAAUCCAAAUGUUCACUUGAUGGGCGAAGACGGUGCAUGUAUUGCUUAUAUAAGAUUAACACAAUAUAUUGAUAAAAAUGGUGAUGCUCAUACAAGACAAGCUCAAGAAACAAGAGUUUGGCAAAAAAAACCUAAUCGUGGUUGGGUUUGUGUACAUGUUCAUCGUAGUGGAGCAUAUAAUUAA